AUGGCAUAUGCGGCUGGAGUUUACUCAGUGACCCUCAUUUUAUUCAUCACAUGGCUGUUAAUGAAGGCAGAAAUAGAAGUUUGCAAGAAGGGAGUCGUAACUGUGAGUCCCGCCCGCACAAUUUUGUUGGGAUCCACGGUCAAUAUUUCAUGUUCUUUGAAACCCAAAGAAGGCUGCUCACGCACUUCCGAUUUCCAAAAGUUAACCUUCUACCAAAAUCACAUUCGGAUUAACUCUCUGAAGAGCCACUUGCUCAGCAUUCAAGUCUCCAAUCUCCCCCUUGGAACAACCGUGUUCGUGUGCAAGGUCUCGUGCAGCGGCCAUAUGGAGAGUCAAGUGUGCGGGGCUGACAUCUCUGCUGGAGUCACUCCAGAGCAGCCCCAAAACCUCUCCUGUAGUCAGCUCGGAGAGCUCGGGAACGUGGUCUGCACCUGGGAUAAAGGAAGAGACACCCACCUGUACACCGUGCACACCCUUCGGUUGAUGGGGCCAAACAAUCUAAAUUUGGAGAAACAAUGUGCUCCGUAUCAUGAUGACUUGGAUCUUGGACUAAGCCUGAGCUCAGCUUCUCCCGAAGCCAAUUACACAGCCAAAGUUGUUGCUUCGAACAGCCUGGGGAAUUCUUCUUCCCUCCCGUUGGUGUUCUCCUUUAUGGACAUAGUGAAGCCUCUUCCUCCGAGUGACAUCAGAGUUAACUUUCCCAGUUUGUUGGCCAACUUCUGUACCUUGCAAUGGCAGGACCAAGGGCUAGUGGUGUUGAAUCGCCUCCAGUUCCGGCCGGUCCAUGGGAGCACCUGGAAAACGGUUCAUAUCGCUAAUUCUGGAGGAAGAUACAAUCUGUACGACCUGAAACCAUUUACAGAGUAUGAAUUUCAGAUUUCCUCCAAGCUACAUUCAGUCAAAGGAAGGUGGAGUGACUGGAGCAAAUUACUGAGAACUCGGACUCCAAAAGAAGAACCGGUUGGAAGGUUGGACGUGUGGUACACGACAGAUGACCUAGAAGGCGGCCUACAGAAUAUCUCUCUGUUUUGGAAGAAUACAAGUGUGUCGGAAGCGAGGGGGAACAUCCUUGGGUACCAGGUGACUGUCCGGGAGGGGACCAGGAACAGCUCGGCCGUGCCCCCUCCCCUGAAGGACUUUACCCAGCACACUCACUUUGCUGUGGUUGUGCCCCAGAAGGACUAUGCCGUGGCUGUCUCUGAAGUGAACUCAGAAGGAAGCACCUCUCCCACCUGGACCUUCAUCCCCCAUCAGCCCCGCAAAGCUCCUCAAAACAUCUCGGCUAAACCUCAGGGGACAGGUGGCAUCAGGGUGACUUGGGAGCCUCCUCGUGAAGCCGCCACCUCAGUCAAGGAAUAUUUGGUGGAAUGGAGGGAACUCAACACAGGCAGCAGUGUGUCCUCCCCCAUCAAUUGGAACCGGCUUCCCACUGUCAACACGAUGGCCGUGAUAGCAGAACACGUAAAACCCCACCUGUGUUAUCAGAUCCGCCUGUGCGCCCUGUGGGGGGACGGAGCCAGCUGCGCCAGGACCUGGGCUGACCUGAGCAGUAAAGAACCGCUGACUGGCCCCCAUGUCCGUAGUGCCACAGCCGGGAAGGGAACAGCAUUUGUUACCUGGGACGAAAUCCCUGCCCAGGACCAAAGGGGCUGCCUCCUUCAUUACAAGAUCUACCUGCAGGAGCUGCAUUCCCAGUCCCCAUCUCACAUCUUUGAAAUUCCCUAUGAGGUGGCAAACACUUCAAAGCUGAUCAGAGGCCUCAGGCCUGGAGUCACUUACACGUUGUGGAUGACGGCCUCCACAGCAGCAGGAGAGGGCCCCCGAGGGACCGAGAGGCAGCUUUCCCUGGAAGGGGCUCCUGGUUGGAACGUUUUGGUGGUGCCGGUUGCCGUGGUCCUCAUCACACUGGGGAUUUUAUCCAGGCCUCGAAUUCGAGCAAAACUGCUGUCUGUCUUCUCUGCCCUACAACCCCAAGAGAUUCCAGACCCAGCAAACAGCGUAUGGGCCAAGAAAUAUGCCAUCAUGGAGGAUGAAAUGAAGCUCCAUUUUGAAAGUCUCUCAAACAACUGGACCAGUUCUGAAGAACCUGAAACUCUUGAAAUCAAAGAAGUUCUCCAAAAACCAGCCCCAGCCCUCCUGGAGACACAUCCCUCUCAUUGGCCAAGAGAUCACAACCUCCAGGAGCCCGGUAGAGAAAGCUGGCUUCCAGCUCCCAAAUCCUUCAAAGUUGGGGCAGAAUGUGAUGCCUGCCACCCCUCCCCACCAGGGUCAUGCCAGGCUGAGAAAGAACAAGUGGCUGAUCUGUACAGGGUGAUGGGAUCUGAGGGACCAAAGGCGAAAGAGCCAGCCAGCCUCCUUAAGGACAUGCCAGCGGGCCACCUGCCUGCCAAUAUAGAUUACUUACCUUCCAACCUGGAUUACCUGCCUUCCGUUGCUGCUGACCCUCUAGAAGACAGUCUGUCUCUCUGCAUCUUUCCAAAGAGCUCUUUUCACCCUUUCAUCCAUGGGGAGAAGCUGACCCUGGACAGAGUCAAGAUUGUCUCUGGGCCCAUUACCCACUAA